AUGCUGCUUGGCUUGGACAGUGGCGCAUCCAAGGCUGAGAUCAAGAAGGCAUACCACAAGGCUGCCCUCUCCUCCCACCCGGACAAGGUCUCCCCAGAGGAGCGCGAAGAGGCCGAAACCCGCUUCAAGGCAGUAUCACGCGCCUACGAGAUUCUUUCCGAUGAUGACCAGCGACACCUCUACGACACGCACGGCAUGUCGGCGUUCGACGGUUCCAAAGGUGGCCCCGGUGGCAUGGAUGCCGAAGUCGACUUGGAUGAUAUUCUCCAGCAGAUGUUCGGCAUGAACAUGGGUGGCGGCAUGCCCGGCAUGGGUGGUAUGGGUGGACCUCCCAAGCGGCCGCGCAAAGGACAGAACGAGGAGCAAGAGUAUGAGAUUACUCUUGAGGAGUUGUACAAGGGCAAGUCGACGCGGUUUGCGAGCACCAAGAAUGUCCUUUGCUCGACUUGCAAUGGUUCUGGAGGAAAGGAGAAGGCGAAGCCGCACCAGUGCGGCGUUUGCAACGGCAAAGGCCAAACUACACGCCUUGGUGUUAUCGGUUCCGGCCUCAUGACGCAGCAGACCGCUACAUGCAGCACAUGCCAGGGUUUCGGUCAGAUUUUCAAGGACAAGGAGAAGUGCAAGAAGUGCAAGGGUGCCCGCGUUGUCGAGACGCGCAAGAUUCUCGAACUCUACGUUCCGCGCGGCGCGAGAGAAGGCGACAAGAUUGUUCUGGCUGGCGAAGGUGACCAGUUCCCCGAGCAAGAGCCUGGUGACAUUAUCUUCGAGCUGUCCGAGGUCCCGCAUCCCGUGUUCCGCCGCGCCGGUGCUGACCUGCAGGCGGAUCUGCACGUCACCUUGGCUGAGGCCUUGACUGGCUUCAACCGCGUCGUGCUGAAGCACCUGGACGGCCGCGGCAUAAAGAUGCACGUGGAGCAGCCCAAGGGCAAGAUCCUCCGACCUGGCCAGGUGCUCAAGAUCCCUGGCGAAGGCAUGCCGGUUAAGAAGAGCGACCACGUUGGCGAUAUGUACCUCAUUGUACACGUCGACUUCCCCGAGGACGGCUGGCUGGAAGACGAGGCGACGGUGCAAAAGAUCCGCGACGUCCUGCCCGGGUCAAAGCCGGAGAUCACGGCGGAAGAGGUCGACGAGGUGGACUUCGAUUUCGAUGCGGAUAUUGAAGAGUUUGGUGCCGACUCGGAUGACCCGCGUGCGGCGAAUGCGGCUUGGGAGGACGACGAUGACGAGGCUGGACCACAGUGCGCGACCCAGUAA